AUGGCCAAGUCUCUUAUGAAUCGCGGCAUCAGCUUGAUAACGCUAGGGAAGUCCUUUGAUCUUGUUCAUGAUGGGCAAGACAAACAUAACUUCUUAUCAGCGCUCCAUCAAUCCCUGCUCUAUGGUGCCAAUGUGGGAGUGUGUUCUGAGCUUCACUGGUACCUCGGGAAACUGAUGAGUUACGUUUCGAAUUCGGGUGUCGACUGGAUGGUCAACUUUGUCAGCACCCAGUUUCAGGAGCGGAUCGCACAAGUCGGCUACCAAAAUCUCGCAGAUGCCAAGGAGAAAGACUUCUUAGGCACCACAUUGCGCCUCCAUACGCAACAGCCUGACAAGAUUGGACUCAAGGACGUCUUUGGCAUGAGCCUCCAAAAUAUCGGAGCCGGGUCUGAUGCCACUUCCGUCAGCCUGGCCGGGAUUAUGUACCACUUGAUCACGCACCCCCAUUACAUGCAAAGGCUCCGAGAAGAAAUCGACGAAGCUCCAGCCCAGGGAAAGAUCUCUGAACUUACGAUAUUCACCGAGGCACAGUAG